AACCGUCACUGUUUCGCUGUGUAGUAAAAGAAACGAACAAGCUGUGGAGGGCACCAACUUUUGAGGUUUUGUGAGUUAAGAAUUAGUUGUAUUUCUCACUGAAGCGCGAUUUAUCUCAAAUUCUAUAAAAAUGUCAGACAUAGAUUCAGAAGAAAUGGACGAAGAGCAAAUUUCAUUGGGUACUUAUGAAGGUGGAAGAAAUGAAAGAGAAGAAAGACAUGGCCAGGGAAAAGCAACUCUUCGAAAUGGAGACACAUACGAAGGAAUGUAUGAAAAUGGCAAAAGACAUGGAAAUGGAGUUUACAGAUUUAAAAAUGGAGCAAGAUACCUCGGAGAAUAUUUAAGGCACAAAAAACAUGGUCAAGGAACAUUUAUCUACCCUGAUGGAUCCAAAUAUGAAGGGAGCUGGGUGGAAGAUCAGCGAAGUGGUUUUGGUAAAUAUUACUAUGUGAAUGGUGACACUUACGAAGGUGAGUGGCAGAACCACGUACGGCAUGGCAAAGGAACAUAUCUGUAUGCUGCAACUGGUACGAACUAUGUCGGCUUAUGGAACAAUGGCAAAUGGGAAGGACAAGGAGAGUUGGUGCAUGCAAACCACAAGUUUGUUGGACUUUUUAAGGAAAACAGACCUGAAGGCAAAGGAAAAUAUAUUUUUGAUAUUGGAUGUGAACAACAUGGAAAGUAUGUGAUUGUGCCAUCCGAAAAAGACGACAAGGGAGAAGAUGAUGAGCCUUCAGCUGCGGCUACAACAAAAUGGGUUGCGGGGGAAGUUCUACCUGUGCAUAUCAAGACAGCUGAAGAGGAAGAAGAGGAAAGAAUGCUGGCAGAAGCUGAGAAGAUUAAAUUGCAACUAGAAGCAGCAGCAGCAGAAGAGCCUACUAAUGCAGAGGAAGAAGACAAACCCCCAGAGGAGGUACCAACAACCGGAGAAGAUGCCGUAGACCCAGCACAUGAAUCACAACCAGAAGGUGAAGAAACAAAUGUUGAUGGUGGCACGACAGAAGAAGGUGGUGGGGAGGAGACUGGUGGGGAUGCAGAAAACACAGAAGCACUUGCAGAGGAAACGGAAGACACCACAGCCGCAGGAGAUGGGGAUGAUUAACGGAUUAACUGUCUUCCAUCUUUAUAUUUAAUGUAACUUUCUAGUACUUUUGUACUUUGUAUUGUAAGCCCAAAAUUUGUUAUUGUUAUUAAUGUAAUGGAACUGUACAUAAAAAGCCUCUUUGAUGCCUAAAGCUGAUGUAAAGUUUGCCUGUUUUUAUGACCAUUGGCUAUCAUGGGGGUCAUGACGUCAAAUCAAUAUCUGUCAUCAAAUGUUUAUUAUAUGUCUUAUGUGCAAGAGAAAAAUGCAUUAAAAAAAACUAAGUUUUAAAGUAAAUUAACUUACUUUUGGUAGUUAAAUUUCAUUAUUUAACUAUAAAUGUUUACUUAUGUAUCAAACAUUUUAAGCUAAGGUUUAAUUAGUUCUUUAUUCAUUUACUAAUACUAUGGAGAUGUUUUCUAAAACAUACAAAGUGCAAGAAAUAAAGAAAUGAAAUAUAA